AUGGCAGGCUUGGAGAAAUUCACUGGCGCCAUAGAUUCCAACAAUUGGAGCGGCAGCGAAAGUCCUGCCGAAAAUCUGGAGCGGAUGACAGAUUCUGCCGAUAAGCCGAUGGACAAUGAUGCAGAAGGAGUCUGGAGCCCUGACAUAGAGCAGAGUUUCCAGGAAGCCCUGGCCAUCUACCCACCAUGUGGGAGGAGGAAAAUCAUUCUCUCAGACGAAGGCAAAAUGUAUGGUCGUAAUGAAUUGAUAGCCAGGUACAUCAAGCUAAGAACAGGGAAGACACGAACUAGAAAGCAGGUGUCUAGUCACAUACAGGUGUUAGCAAGGAAGAAAGUUCGGGAAAUUCAAGCUGCCAUAAAGGUGUCUAGUCACAUUCAGGUUCUUGCCAGAAGGAAAUCUCGUGAGAUUCAUUCCAAGCUAAAGGUGACGAACAUGGAUCAAGCAGUGAAGGAUAAAGCCCUUCAGAGUAUGGCGGCAAUGUCUUCUGCACAGAUUGUAUCAGCAACAACCAUCCAGCAUAAACUGGGCCUACCAGGUAUCGCCCGCCCAUCCUUUCAAGCAGCACCUGGGUUCUGGCAUAGUGUGAUACCAACAGGACAACCAGGAUCCUCACAGGACGUGAAGCCCUUUGCUCAGCAGCCGUAUGCAGGCCAACCAGCAGUUACAACAUCCAUUUCAGGUUACGAAUCCACACCUGCCCCAACUCCCUCAGUACCAGCAUGGCAAGGCCGAUCUAUUGGAACUUCCAAACUUAGACUUGUGGAAUUCUCGGCCUUUCUCGAACAGCAGAGGGACCCAGACUCAUACAACAAACACCUCUUUGUACAUAUUGGACAGACCAACCAUUCCUACAGCGACCCUUUGCUUGAAUCUGUGGAUAUUCGCCAAAUUUACGAUAAGUUCCCAGAGAAGAAAGGUGGCCUUAAAGAACUAUAUGGGAAAGGACCCCAUAAUGCUUUUUUCCUUGUGAAAUUCUGGGCUGACCUGAAUUGUAAUAUUCAGGACGAUGCAGGAGCAUUUUAUGGAGUCACUAGUCAGUAUGAGAGCUCAGAAAACAUGACAAUCACUUGCUCAACCAAGGUUUGCUCAUUUGGAAAACAAGUAGUUGAAAAAGUAGAGACUGAGUAUGCAAGGUUUGAGAAUGGACGCUUUGUAUACAGAAUAAACCGUUCUCCCAUGUGUGAAUAUAUGAUCAACUUUAUUCACAAGCUUAAACACUUACCAGAAAAGUACAUGAUGAACAGUGUUUUGGAAAACUUCACUAUUUUGUUGGUUGUAACAAACAGGGAUACACAGGAGACGCUUCUGUGCAUGGCAUGUGUUUUUGAGGUCUCAACCAGUGAGCAUGGAGCACAGCAUCACACCUAUAGGCUUAUGAAGGAGUAGUCCUCGGAAGUUUCAUUCCCUUUCUGGAGAGAAAAGAAACACACGGCUGCAGCUCAAUAGACUUAAAACCUCAAUAUAUGUGGCAGUGCCUCAAAUCAAUUGAUACACCAAGAACACAUCUGAGUUUUGAUGUGGGUAGCCUUUUUAAUGUGUGUGAGUGUGAGCGUGUGUGUAUAUGUACAUCAACAGCUGUGAAUUAUGGUACCUUGUGAUAGCUUUUUAUAUUGAAUUACAUGUGCUUCAAAAUACAUUUUUUAAAAGAAAAAUGCCUGUUUGUUGGAUACUACAUUACGAAAAUUGGACUGUCAUGUCUGAAAAAAAAUUUCUUUUAGUAAUUGUGGGAGUGUCGUCUAGUCAGUGCAGGAUUUCCUGUGGCAGCAGAAAACACAAAAAAAUAGAACAUAAUGAUUGUAGACUCAAUGCAUUUAGCUGUCGGAUGACUGUCUGCCUAUGUAAAGAUAAUUUAUUUAAAGAGGUUUUUUUUUCCAAAGAUGGUAUAUUCACAGGUAUAUAUUUAUCAAGAUGUGAAUAUGCAGGAGAUAGCAUCAGGAUGAAGUUCGUGGCUUCAGGUCAACAGGUUUUGCAAUGUUGUGAAAGAAUGUCAGUCAUUUAACAGUCACCAGAUCUAUUUGCUUUCAGGUUCCUUUUUUUAAAAAUAAAAACAAAAACACAAGUAAUUCUUUAAUUUUAAGAUGUUAUUUAAAUUGGGAUAUGUAACAUACAACAAUAACUCAAUGGAAAAUUCAAUUAAAACUUAUAGUAAAAGCCCCCUAUUAAUCUUCAAGAUGACGUUAGAUGCUACAUUUUUAGAACUGAGAGGGCAGACCUGCAACAGAAGUAUAUCAAUUAUUCUUUGGUUGAUUCAACCAGUUUCAGCCACUUGAUGUGACAGAACUCUUCAGUAAUGUCUUCAAAGAGUGCACAAAUUGUUUUUCACUUUUUAUUUGCAGCAAAAAAGAUGUUAUUUUCAGAGCCUUGUUAGGGGUAGCUUCCCAAACGUUUGUAAACAUGGAACUGUUCAGGCGCACAAAAAGUUUCUGAACAUUCAAGCUGUUUGCUUUGAGAACAUUCGUGUGAACAUUAAAAUCUGAGUUCUGUUAUGUAAAAAUAAAAAAAAGUUCACUUUUCACAGGAAAAACCAAGAAUUUGUCCACCUAGCCCUUUCCAACCCACAAAUAAGUCUUGGCUCAGUCCUGGUGAUAGUUUGCAGGGGAUUUAUAUUUGUAUACAGAUAGGCGGAGCAUUCUUUUAGAUCCUGGAUCAGGAUGAAAUGGGGGCUUUCUAAUGCCAAAAUAAAACAAUGACCAUAUAAUUUUUGAUGAGAAUACUGUGAAGUGAAAAAAAAACAGCACAGUGUAUUAGUACAUUUCUAUAAUUCUAUUUUGUAAUAGUGUUUGGAAAUUUACUUUGAAAAAAGAAAAUGUAUUUUUUCCAUCUGGGAGAAGUGAAUGUUUAGAAAAACCACAGGGAGUUAGUUCAGUGCUCAGAAAUAUGGUCCCAAUGUGUGUUUGUAAGGUUGCUCGCUUUUUGAGACUUGCAAGUGAACCAGUGUGAUUUGUGUUCUUGAGUUGACGAUUGGUUUGGUGGUGUGUUUCUGUGGGCUAAAAGAAACAGCAAGAAUUGAGCAGUAUCACAUCCAGGCAUACAAGGGGACUAAUAAUGCUUCUGUGUCCUGAGCACUUGAUUCCUUUCGAGGUGCGAAAUACUCUUGUGGGCUGUCUCAGUUUUUCUUGUGUUUGAACUUUGGUACUUGCAUGUCAGAUGUGAAUUUUCCACGUUAACUCGGCAGGUAAGGUAACGAUCAUGUAAACAAACCAGUUUAACGUGUAAGCUUUUGAAUUUAAUUUGGAACUUCUGUAAUUUGAAAUAUUCGGCGGUGGCACAGUCACUAAAUGCUCAUUUUUAGGGACUUGAGGAGAAAAUGCCAUGGUUUUAAAGCAUUUUGUCUUUACACAAUUAAACUUGUAUGUGGAAAACACAAUUGUGAUCACGGUUCAUUGUAAGAAAUCAGUGAAAUCCAAAUAAGGUGUUAUUGAGGCUGAGAGUUCUUUCCUACGCUGGAAGUUUCUAAUACGUUAUUAGUAACGUUUUUUUCUGAUAUAAUUUUAAUUCAGUGCUGCCAAAGCGUAGAUUAAUCAGUGCCUUAAUAGCAUACAAUGGGAAAUACAGACCACCUGUCGGUCUACAUGUUUAAAUUGGAGAAUUUGUGCUUUGAGAUCUGUUAUGUGCUAUGUCUUGUCACUUAGUAGUUUCCAGUGUACUGGUCUUGUGAUUGGUGAUCCAAACACAUUUUAAAGGUAUUUUGAAAGUUGUUAUUUAAAGUGCAUUACAUUGUUACACCAUCUAUAUGCCAGUGACGAGCAGUCACUUUUAAUUCAGUCAAACAAAUAUCUUAUUUCAGAGUUUGGAAUCCAACUAGCACAGAACAGAUUGCAAGAGUAGCCAGCUGUUUAGUCACAUGCCUUUACUAACUAAUGACCAAAUAAUAAUCUUCAUACAUUUCCUGCACUCCAGCACGUAAGUGCCUUUGUUUUCUGAUAUUCCAGCCUAGAAAAGACCUGUUCAGUCAAAUGAAAAACAAAUUGUGUGCAGACCAGAAACCAAAUAAGAAAUAAAUAAGUGAUCACCUUUAAUGCCUUUUACUGAGCUGAGUAUUGCAAGCAAAUUGAAAUGGAAUAAAUCUGAUGUUGACAUUUAGAAGUGUGUUCAGAGAAAUAAGAUGGUUUCAAAGAGGUUAAAUUGUACAGCGGAAGCAAAAAAAAAUUAUUGUAAUUUAUUUUUUUAGCGUAUGUUGUAAAGUUUGAAUCUUAAUGGAUUUUCACAGUUGUAUGAGAAAUCCUGAAAAGAUUAUUGGAUAAAACUGUGCAGUACUGUAUCAGCAUCAAGAUUGCAUAGAUACAGUGCCUGUUGUGGAGGUAGGAAAAUCUAUGGAUUGUAGAUUAAAUGAUCCUGAUUAAGUUAUCCUUUUAAGAAAUACACAGUGCUCACCUCCAACUUGAUAUAACUACCGAUUAAAUAUAAUUUUAUUUUACAUAAAAUUCUGUAGAAUAUACAGCACAAAUGCAAAUGCUUGGCCACAACCAACCCAUGUUGGUUUUCCUCCCGGACACGAGCUUUCUUCACCUUUCAUCAUUUCAUCCAGUUAGCGUAUCCUGGUAUUCCUUUCUCCUUUGUGUACUUACCCAACGUGCCCAUUACACCUGUCUAUUCUCUUCAAUCACUUCCUGUAGGAGUAAAGUCCACUCUCUGGGUGAACUAUUUUGUCCCAAAUUCACUGUUGAAUUUGAGUAAUUCAAUUCUAGAGCAGAUUGGGUAAUAAAUAUAUCAGGGUCCUUCAUAAUUUUGAGCACCUCUAUUGAAUCUCACCAUAUCAUUCUCCACUCUAAAGAGAGCAAUCCUAGCUUCUCCAUUCUCUCGUAAGAAUCUGAAUUUCCUGAACUUUAUACUAUUAUUUUGGAUCUCUUCUGACUGACCAAUGGACUAUUGUAUCCAUGAACCAUCAGUUCUAGGUUUACUUAGCAGUAGUUUGUGUUCUUCCCAUGUGCUGGUGAUCAUGGGCCUUUGUCAAUAUUCAUCUGGAGAUCGCACCCAUCACAGCAGUGACUUGAAUCUUGAUGGAUGUGUGUUGACUUGGUUUUAUGGUUGGAAGAUGUAUGAUUAUUAGUGUAUGCAUGGAGUCUGCAGUGCAGUGGCAGCCCAAUAGAUUGGUGCAUGUGUUUAUGCUUCACAGAAACCUCUUCACACUCAUCAUCUUCUAAAUCUAUCAGCAUGUUCUUCUAUUCUUUUCUCGUUCAUUUGUUUAUCUAGCUUCUCCUGAAUACCCCAACGCUAUCCGCUUCAACUAACUCCAUGUGGUAGUGGGUUCUUCAUUCUUAUCACUCCUGUAAUACUGGACUUUUCACAAGUGGAAACAUUGAACAUCUAUGUUGACCGUCAUGAACUCUUCAACAUGUUAAAGACCUCCCUAUAGCAUUGCCUCUGAGCUUUUCUUAAUUCAAUGGAAUGGUGGAAAUUAUUGUCCAUUAUUGAUUGAAUAGUGCAUUUUCCCAGAGUACGUGAAAUGUACUCAGAAACGCUGGGAAUUCUGAUUCAGAGUAUCAUAUUUGACAAUUUGUCAGAUAUUCUGAGUGUUUUCUAUCUUUGAGCAUAAAGAAAGAACAACUUUAAUGCACUUACCCAGUGCUUUUCCUGACCACUGAAUGUCUCAAAGGGCUUUACAACCAAAAAGUAAUAAAAUAUAGUGACUGUUAUAAUGCAGAAAGUGCAGCAGUCAACAAACUCCCCACAAACAGCAAUGUGUCCAAGGCCAGAUGAGCUGUUUUAAAGAUGCUGACUGAAUGAUCUGUAUUGGUCAGGGGUCUGGGGAUAAUUCCACUGCUGGAAUUCAGAAUUGAGCCAUGGAAUACUUUAUGUCCGUCUGAGAAGGAGGGAUAGGCUUCAGUUUUAACACUGUUCCAAUAAGAAACACAUCAGGAAAGUGGUGGAAUAUUCUGCACGAUUGCGACUUCAACAACAGCCAAGUAGCUGCAGAACAUACAGGGCUGAUCAGCUAUGGUCCCUGACACCCUGUUAUCCACCUUAACCAUUCAUUCCACCAUUGGCUUACAAUGGCAACUCUGUAUGGCAUCUGCAAGUUGCACUGUAGCAACUUUAAAAAAAAAUCUUCAACACCUUUGGAACCAACAAUCCUGAUCUCCGAGAAAUAUAUCUGGUAUGUGGGAACAUGACCUCCUGCAAGUUCCCCUCCGAGCUAAUUUAUCCUGACUUGGAACUAUGUUGCCAUUCUUUCACUGUCACAGAGUCAAACUCCUGAUGGGUGUUACCUACUCCGAAGGUCUGCAGCGGUUGAAGGCAGCAGUUCACUCUCUAAAAGGGAAUUAAGGAUGGGAAACAAAUGCUAGCUUAGUCACAAUUCUCACAUCCUGUGAGAAAAGAAGACUUGGUGACAAGGCAGCACCCACCUCUGCAUGUACUUUGAUCAUAUAAUUUUUGUGCUGAUGUUGCUGGAUGGGACUUGAAUCUGCAACUUUGUGAUUUAGUGGUGAGAAUGCUUUGGGGAGAAUCCAUCAUUUGAUAUCCUCAUUUCAUCUUCACUAGUGUCAACUCAAACCUGUCCUUAAUGUUCCACUUCGGAUGUAUGUGCUGGAGAUCUUAGUUUUGAAAAAUAUUCCUUUCCCAUGCCAGAACUUCUCAGAUCCUUGAAUGCUACAUAAAGAGACUUGGAACUUUCUGUUUCAUAUCCAAAAAUCUUGUUGUUUCGAAGUUCUCAUUCCCAUCAGCGUGUUAAUGGGCCAUGCCUCUGAAAGUCUGGUCUCUGAAUCACAGAGUUGUAGUGCCUGAUAGGAAGCCAUUCAGUCCGUGGCCACUUCUUUGAAAGACCUUCCCUUGCUCAUAUUUCUCCAGUUUCCUUUAGAAGUUACUGAAUGAACUUCCAUUGGCCUUUUGGUCAUCAUAUUCCAGAUCAUAACUCUGUGCUUCCAUGAGAAGAACCGGUUUCAUGAAAUAUUGCAUGCUCUGUUCGACAGCUUCUUAUCAUUUGGGUGUCUGAGUACAAGGUGGACCAUCUUGCAUGGACCUCUCUGUGCCUCAACUGUUUUGAGUUGAGUCUUUUGGAUUGUACAUGAGAGGACAAAAAAACAGAGAAAACCUCAAAAGCAACUGCUCUCUCCCAGCACCAUACAGAACCCCCCUCACCCCCACCCUGACCCAUCGCUGAUAUGGAAUAAACACAGGAUGCGAUUGGAAGCUUUUGCAGCCCUUUCUACUGUAGAAGGAAAGCACUAUGAGGAGUGUGCAUAGAUGAGACCCUUAAUGUACAGAGUUAUCUUCCCAACAUGUUUCAUAUUACACACUACAGUAGUUACUGUGGUUAUGACAAUGACUUUAGAACAGCUGUCUAACAGAAUAUAAAUGAUCACAGUACAAGAGAAACAGCUGAAAAUUAAGAAUCUGUUCUUUGGAUAAAUUUUGAAUAACCUUUAAAUCCUCAUUGCUGUUUCCUUCUCGUGAACCAGAACAAUAUUUUAUUUAAUCACUAGCUAUAUGCAUCUUGGAGGUCUGCAGUCCUUUUUCUAUGUCUGGAAUGACAUUUGUGUUUCAGAUCUAUUGAGUGAGGCUUUUCAAAUUAGAAGCAUAUCUGUUCACAGGAAUUUUAACUAGUGGCACACAGACGUGAAGACACAUACUCUCAGACAUAUUUGUGCGUGUUGACACAAAGAUGCUUGCACACGUGCACAACUCAAGUAGUUGAGAUCUCGAUGAUUGAAGAAUGCAAAACAAGCCUUAUUUGUGCACAUACCCUGUUAGUCACUAUACUAUUUUGACAAGGUAGCACAUUGUGAGGGAGCGGGGAAGGUGAUGAAUGAUUACUUUAGUUCUUUAAAUGCUAAUGGAAUGUAGAAUUGGCUAUUUUCGUAUGGAGGCAUUAGGAAAUGGUUUAUGUGAGUUUCGCUAACUUUUGUGACCCAGUGCAAUCAAAAUGCAUGGUAGAUGGUCAUUAGAACUAUGUAUCUUGUUUUGUGGUCAAGUAUUCUGCAAAUUUAUAUGCAGAUUUCAGCUCAACUGUUAAUUUUCAGAGCAGCCCCGUUACCUCCUCAUUGGCAAGUGGUUUCAUUGCAGCCUGUGUGCAGUUGUGGCCUGUGACAUGAUCAAGUGAAGAUUAGCCAGGGAGAAAAAAAAUGUGCCUGAGUUAAGACAAUAAAAGGAGUUCAGUAUCCUUUAAACCUAAGUAGCCUUUCACUUUUUUCCUAUCAACAAGUUCCUUCUGAAAACAGUUGUUUCUUGCCAUGUGUGUCUGCUCACAUUUAUAAAGUAACUCAUUGAAUUUAACGUUUGCUUAUUUUUGUGUGUUGUAUGUAUUGUGUAUGAAAUGGUAUUGUGGCUUUAACUGAUGUUUUGAACUAUGGUCAGUGGUUACUUUUAAUAACACAUACAGCUGGUAAAUUUGAUAAAAUUCUUUUUUGAUGUCUGCACCACCCAAAAAUGAAUUAGUAUUAAAACGUCACACAUCCCUUGAAUUCCAAGGUGAAACUCGUGUCUUCACUGAUUAAUUUCAGUACAGGGAACUCUGCUAUAUUUGAUCAUCAUACUGUGGUUCGUUUUUUUUAUAUAAAGUACUUUAGUGCUAAACAUGGAUAGGUAUGUUCGUCCUUUUAAUUUACGUCAAGCACUUGCCUUACCCUGUAUUUUGCCCUCCUGCAAAUAUGUCCCAAUGAUCUUUGCAGCUGCUUACAAGGACACUAACUUACCAGCUAUCAAAGAAGGAGAUUAUGUCAAACUUGCGAGCUGUACUGUAUGUUUGUAUUGCUGUUAAUGUGCAGGUACUGGUACCUUUUUUUGGUUAUAACCAUUUAAAAUGUUGGCUUCAAUGUAAACUCAUCAUUACUAUGGAUAGUUAUAUGAAAUUUAUAGGGUUUGUGUGCAGAGAAUUUUUUAAAGGUGCUUUGUAUAAAGGAUGUAUCUUAGCUUUCUUGGUACAGAUGUGUGAUAACCUAAAUAUCCAUGACAGUUAAGUGCAAUUAUUUGAUCAUCACUGAAACACAAGUUGUGUGCCCUUUACAGCAAAUGUUUGACACAUUUUAAUGAACACAUUUUAAUGCCUUCCUAAUAAAAGUGGUAGACAUUUUGUAGCUUUCUAGAAACUUUGUAUUUGUAUUCAUACAGUAUAAA